GCAGCCGUAAAGUGGGGCUCAUGAACCGGACGGUGCAGCUGCUCAUCCUGGCCUACGUCAUCGGGUGAGCGCGGCCGAUGGCGACCACCCCGCGGGACCCCGGGGACACUGGGUGACCAGGAACUCCCCCUUCUCGGUCCCGGCCACGCACCUGCUCAUCCUGGCCGAGGUCCUCGACUGAGCCCCGCGAGCGCCCUCCAAGUGGGGUCCAGGGGACAGCGACCAGAAGCCAGUGACACAGCCCUCCACCCCCAACCCUCCACCCCCGACCCUUGCCACCAAGGGGACGGGCUCUUUGCCCGCUUCGGGUCCGGAAGCCGCUUUGAUGUUGUGUCUUGAAGGCAGAGCCUGGCUAGACCUUCAUCUUCGCCAUUCCUGCUUCCUGGCCUUCUGACUUGCUCCACGAUGCCCUUUGGCUGGGGGUGAGAGAGGGCUUUACCCUGAACGUCUCACUCUUUGCUCUGCACUUCCCAUUCUGAUGGUCCGCGGACAGAAACCAAGGUUUGGGGUUUCCACUUGGGUCCUUUUGGGUCCGUGGCUUCCUGUCCUUUCCUCUGAGCAUCAUAUGCUUACCCAAGAUAACAGAUCUCAAUUUUAAAAAUCACUUAAAGUUCAGUUCCUUCGUUUUGGGGGGUUGUUGGAGUUUUUGGUAUAGGCACGUACCUUAGCCUCAUCAUUUGCCAUGCUGCCCUCUUUGCUUAUAUGCCCCGCCACCGUCAGUCCUCACCAAGUGCUUAAUUUUAAUUGAUGCACCGGUUACGAAAAGCUCCCAUCGAGGAGAUGGAAAUUAAUUUAUCAACUAGGCCUGCUAUCAUCGUCCAGCUGGGGUGUCAUGGUGUCUACAACUGCUGAGCUGACAGAUGUUACCUGCUGCAUCGGUUUUCCUUGUUUGUUUGUUUUUGUUUUUCUUAAAAGGCCUAUUGCAGUGUUCCCCAAACUGCACACAGAGCCAUUUGGGAAUCUUAAAAAAAAUACUGAUUGCUGGCUCUCAGACCCAGACUUUUCUGAUUCAAGUGCUAUAGAAUAUGACCGACUCCCCAGGUGAUUCUGAUGUGCAGCAAAUUUUGGGAACCAGUGUCCUAGUGUUUCCCAAACCUACCUGAACAUGAAAGACUCAGGAAUUACUUGAAGGUAACCAGACAUCCCUCCCCCACCCUGGGGUGGAGCUUGGACUCUGUUAACACUGCCUGAGGGAAUCUGCAUGAUCUGGCAGGUUUGGCUUCUACCAUGUAUCAGCACAACAGCAGUAGGUAAUGACACUCGUCAGUACAAUGGCUUUACAGGUGGGUGUUUGUGUGGGAGAAGGGCUACCAGGAAGUGGACUCUGUGGUCAGCUCAGUUACCACCAAAGCCAAGGGCGUGACCAUGACCAACAGUUCUAAACUUGGAUUCCGGAUCUGGGAUGUGGCCGAUUACGUGAUUCCAGCUCAGGAGGAGAACUCCCUCUUCAUCAUGACCAACAUGAUCAUCACCGUGAACCAGAGCCAGGGCCUCUGUCCUGAGAUUCCAGAUAAGACCACCAUGUGUGACUCCGAUGCCGACUGUGCCCCUGGCUCUGCAGGCACCCACAGCAGCGGAAUCGCAACAGGAAAGUGUGUGCCGUUCAAUGAGACCCUGAAGACAUGCGAGGUGGCAGCCUGGUGCCCGGUGGAGGAUGACGCACAAGUGCCAGAGCCUGCUUUUCUAAAGGCUGCAGAAAACUUCACUCUUUUGGUUAAGAACAACAUCUGGUAUCCCAAAUUUAAUUUCAGCAAGAGGAAUAUCCUUCCCAACAUCACCACUACCUACCUCAAAACGUGCAUUUAUGAUGCUAAAACAGAUCCCUUCUGCCCCAUAUUCCGACUUGGCAAAAUAGUGGAGCAUGCAGGACACAGCUUCCAGGACAUGGCCGUUGAGGGAGGCAUCAUGGGCAUCCAGAUCAGAUGGGACUGCAACCUGGACAGAGCCGCCUCCCUCUGCUUGCCCAGGUACUCCUUCCGCCGCCUGGACACCCGGGACAUGGACCACAAUGUGUCCCCAGGCUACAAUUUCAGGUUUGCCAAGUACUACAACGACCAGGCCGGCACCGAACGCCGCACACUCAUCAAAGCCUACGGCAUCCGUUUCGACAUCAUCGUGUUUGGAAAGGCUGGGAAAUUUGACAUCAUCCCCACCAUGAUCAACAUUGGCUCCGGCUUGGCGCUCUUAGGGGUGGCGACAGUGCUCUGUGACGUCAUAGUCCUCUACUGCAUGAAGAAAAGGUACUACUACCGGGAGAAGAAAUAUAAAUAUGUGGAAGAUUACGAGCAGGGUCUUGGCAGUGAGAUGGACCAUUGAUGCCCACCCCACAGCCCUCAUCACAGCAUGGUGAGGAGGGAGAAAAGGCUGCCGUGUCACCCUAGAGAAAGUUCCAGAUUCUGAGUCAGUCUCCACAAGUACUGUAGGGUUGCCCAGCUGCUCCCGUGUCCUGGGUGUAGGGUUUGUGUAGUAAACCACGCUGCACAGUGGUCCUCCUUCUGCCCGUGGCUGGGUCACCUCUGCUGUUCCUUCAACGUGGGGUCACCGGGGGGGAGCUCUGGCGCGAGGGCAGUGACGUGGCUGUGGCUGUGGCUGCAGGGCGGGCGGGGGCCUCCUCCAGGGCCGGCUUUCCUCAGAAGCUGCCAUCUCCACCCCCUGCGAGACAGGCCCAGUGCUCCGAGGCCCGCAGCUCCGUCCAAGCACUUUAUAAGGAAGGCAGGACACCUUGGUGUGGUCGUAGCCCUUCAGCACGCCCGGGCUGCUGUUCCUCUCCCCCCACCAGAGGCUUCAGCUGUGAGGUCAUGAGGUGGGGCUCGUGUUUCUCCUUUGAGAAGAGCUACAUUGAGAUGACGGAGGACCGAACAGUAAAACAAAUGAUUUUCUUAA